AAAAAGAGCGUUUCAAGCACCAUGUUCAAAAUGUAAACUUUGGUGAAAUGUCGUCUUUUUGUUGUUGACAGUUAGUCAUAUUUAGCCAUUCAGAUAACUUAACAGAGACCACCAUGACUUCCACCCCAAGACAACCGUUACUUGAUAUCCGUCAGGUUCCCCCUUCUAACCAGCAGGAUGAAGGACCAAGGAAGACACCUCUUGUCACUCCCAGACAGGUCAAUAAACACAGAAAGAAGCGUUUGUCAACACCAGCAUCAGAAAAAGAAAAUGUCACAAGAGAUAAUGUACAGGUGAAAUCCAUGAGAAAAACGAAAUCAUUUGGAGAUGAAGGUUUGCCAAAAGUCUUGGAGGAAGCAGAGCCUAGGAAAAGUAAAACUCCGGAUGGGAGAAAAUCCAAAUCACCAGAACUUGUCAUUGAUGAAGAUUUGCUUCUUGGGAAUUAUUCCGGGAAUGAAGAAAGCUUGUGCGACUCUACAAAAUCUGAAGAUGAGUUGUUGUCAACACCACAUGAAUCAAAUGUACCUUUGAAUUUUCAGGAAUGUAAGUCAGCUUGUGAAACAGAGAAUGAAGUGUUUGGCUCUAAGACUUUGAAAGGAGAGGCUGUUAAGAAAACUGGCAGUCCAAAUGAAAGUAAUCCUUACACAUAUAAGCCUAAUUUCCUUGCAAACAUUGCUCGUAUGGAAAGAGUUCAGAAUGCAGCAUCAUUUUUGGCAAAAUUAACAUUUUCGGAUACCAAAAGAAAUUUGUAUUGGGUACCAACUGAUGGUCCCCCGAGACUUAAACAUUCUGAGGUCCAAUCCCCCUUAAGACAGGGUGUGAAAAACAUUACUGGAGCUAUAAAAUCGUUGGCAGCAUUUUCACCUAUCAAUUUAAACCGGAGGAGUAGUGAUGAUAAUGAUGAGGAUGAUGAUAUUGAUGAAGUUGAGGAAAAAAAGAAUGAAAGUCGUGAUUCUUUAAAAGAAGUUUCUGAAGAUGGCACAGUUCAAAGUGAAGGUGGCGAUAGUGGCAAAGGUGCAAAGAGAACAUUGAAAAACUUGUUGGAUGGAAUGAAAGAGAAUAAGUCACUUUUGGAUGACAUAGAGCAAGGCAUCAACUCCAUAAGUUUUGCUAAUAUGAACAGUAAUAACAAUUGCUCCACACCCAUUGUUGAAAAAACAAAUCAGGCAUGUUCACCAAUUUUCCCAGAAGUCUGUGACAUUUCCAUACAGAAUGAAGUGGAAAGGCAGUCAAUAAAUUGUUCCCCAAUGAAAUUUGAAAAUCUCGAUGUUUCUAUCCAGAACUGUGCCGACGUUCAUUCAAUGAUGUGUUCGCCUAUGAACUUUCCCCUCAAUGACAUUUCCAUCCAGAAUUGCGCAGAAAUGGAGUCUGUUUCUUGUUCACCUAUUCAGAUACCUCAGAAUGAUGUUUCCAUUCAGAAUGUUCCUGAGAGACACUCAGUUAUGUGUUCUCCUCUGCACAUACCUACUACAGAUAUCUCCAUACAGAAUGUUGCGGAAUUCCAAUCAGUACUCUGUUCCCCAAUGGUACAGCGGCCAGACCAAGACAAGAGUGUACUUGCAUGUGGACCUGAGUGUGUUGAUAUGGGGGUGGGAACAGACCCAGCCCUGGGGAUCGAGGUUGGCGUGUCUGUGAGGCCAGAUGUCGUAUCCACAGCAACAGACAUGGAUGACUCUCCCAUGAUGCACAGUGGCACCAGCAUGACUCCAUUAAAGAUUGAUAAAAAGACGAAAAAGUUGACAGCAGAGGAUGUGAGGCGUCAGCAUCCCCGGGUCUUGGCAAAUGAGUUUGAGACACUGCGGUUACAGAACACUAGAUUGGAGAGUCAGAUAGCUGGCCUGGAGAAGGACAGGAAGAAGCUGGUAGCACAGGAGGAGUUGGAGCAUCGGCUGGAGAGUGUGAGCAAGGAGUUAUCUGCUCUUAAGGAGGAAUACGCUGGGGCACAGGAGGGAUGGCAAGCCAGGGAGGAGACAUUGGUUGCUGAAACACAGGAGGUCAGGCUGCAGUAUGAUACACAGUUGAAAGAGCUGAGAGCAGAGUAUGAGACAACAAACUACAGGGACCACUUUCUUGCCUCCCAAAGUCUAGUUCAGAAACUCCAAACGGAACUGGACCAAUACACACAGCUGAUGGGUGAUGUCGACACAGCACACAAACUACAGGAGGAGCUGGAGCAGGUAUUGACAGAAAGCUUCAACAAGGUACAGGAGAAAGCAGCCUGGGUAACAGAACAGGCGGCCAAAAAUGUAGAGAAGGAGAAGGAACUCACCAUGGAGAAUGACCGUGUUAAAGAGGAAUCAGAUAAUUUGAUAUCUGAGAGGUCCAAGUUGGAGACAGAGAAAGAAGAGAUGAACAAGAUUGUAGCCACUUGCCGGGACAACUUGCUGCAGAUGGAUGGUCAACUAGAAAGGACAUCCACAGAGUUGUUUGAGGCAAAACAGGCUGUAGAGAAACUGACAUUGGAAAGGGACUCACUGUUGACAGAUAAAGCAGAAGGAAUCAAGCGAUGUAAGAUUCUGCAGACAGAAAGAGACAGCCUUUCAGAGGAGUGUGAUAAGCUAAAAGAUGACAUCUCCAAACUUGAAGAAUCCAACACCAAACUCCAUGAGGAGAUUGAACGCUUGAACCAAAGUGCAAGGGAGGAGCAGUCUUCUCAUGAAGCGGAGGUUUCAAAAAUGAAAUUGAGUCUUGACAAGAAGAUCCUACAGGUUACCAAUCUCCAGCGCACUUUGGACAAUCGGGAAGAUGAAAUUGAUCGACAAGAGAACGACCUCUUUGAGUGUCGGGAACUCCUUUCCAAUCAGCUGGAAGAUUUGAAGGAAGCUGAGAAGAGUAAACGAGAAUUGACAAUGAAAGUUGCGACACUUACAACAGAAUGUGACAAGUACAAGGACCUUCUGGUAGAUUUGAGGUCAAAGCAGCAGGAAGCAAUUGCUGACUUGAGGGCCAAGGAGAAAGCAUAUGAUGACUUCAAGGCAAGCACUCUGCCUGUGUUAAAACUACAAGAGUCACAGAUAGCGGAAUGCUCCAGCGCCAUAGAUCAGCUUUAUGCCGAAAUGAGAAAAGUGCUGGCUGGCCUAAGGAAGAAGGCUGGAAUUGCAGUUGAAAAUAACAGAGAAGCGACUGGCCAAACUAAGGAACCAUCCUCGGAUACAGCACAAUCCAAACCAGCUGGUGCCCGUUCUCUGGUGUCGCAAAUACUCACUGCAGCGUGCCCUAUAGAACAAAACAUUGAUGUGGCUGAUUCUUCUGAAAACCAGCAGUUGAGAAGCAAGAAUGUUGAACCUUUAAAGCAGCCAGACAUUGAUGUUAAAUCAUCUCUUAAAGUUGACGGAAUAAGUUCUGGUGGCUCAGAUACCCCGAGUACUGUGAGCCGCAAAAAACUUGGUUUCUCUGGUAAUAGUGCUUUUGCUCCUGUUCGAAAAACUCUCGUCCCUGUGGAAAAUGCUGAUACUCUUGAUAGUGCUAAAGAUGAUGAGAUUGUUGACGAUGCAAAUGAGAAAGAAGUUAAAGAUGAAGUAGAUCAAGACAAGAAAGGAAUUAAAGAAUGUGCGGGAGAAAAGAAGGAUUCCAACAACUUAAGUAAGGAAAAGUUGGCCAACCAACUGGAAGAGAUUUCUGAUGUGUUUACAGAAAUUAUGAGGGUGGCUCAACUCAUUGAGAAAGCUCUUCGAUCAUCUCUGAAUGAUGUUACUUUUGAAAACUCGGACCUUCGUUCCCAAGUGACAGAAAGUGAGCAUGGGGAGCGGCGAGCUUGUGCUGAGCUGGACCUGGUAAAUAAGGAGCUGGAGCAAAAGAGGGGGGAGUGUGAGAGGCUUACACAACAACAGGAGGAGAUGGGGGAGAGAUUUGGGGACUUGCUUGACCAGAAAACGGAACUAGAGAGACUGCAAGAAGAACUGGAUAGGACCCAGAAGAAGCUAACGUCCGUGGAAUCUGAGCGUGCCCUGCUAAAUGGACAGGUGGAAGAACUGCUGGCCAAGAUGGAGGCUAACAGUAGCUCCAGCGGAGUGGAUGUUGCUCUACAGAGGGAAACUCUGGCACUCCAGAAAAAGGUUGAUAAGUACCGCACGUUGCUGACAGAAGCCGAGGCGAAACUUCACGACAUCAGUGUACGAUCCACAAAGCGCAUCAUGACGUUGGACGCAAAUGGCAAAAGGGCGGACGCAGAGGUUCACCGACUCGAUCAACUAGUGGACAGCAUACGGAACGAACUAACGAGACACAGAUUAGCGAGACAGGAUGAACAUCUGAGACGUAUGAUAGCAAUGAUCGAGGGGCGAGCUUCUUUGUCAAGUUCCGAGAGGAAAGGGAAGGAAGAUGAUAAGGAAUUGAAACCAGUGAAGACUUCCAUGUGGUGAUUAUAAGGGUCAAAUUUAAUUGGUGCUGAUGGUUAUUCAUAAUGUAAUCUGUAAGAUGAAGAGUCAUUUGUGUUCAGAGAAAGAACUAAGACUCAACAUUGAUGUUUAGGUGAUUAGAUCUUAGUUAUGAGACCCUGGAAUGUUUAAACUGUUGACUGUUGACUUGACUCACUUCAUUGUAUCACCCCUCAGGAUAUUUGGCUUAGUCAUAUUUUUGUGAAAAAGAGCUAUUUGCAUAUUAUUUUAAGUUCAUUUAGUCUGAAUGCAACUGUAAACUUACUUUUCCGAAUCAGGUUUUAUGACUUUUGGACAACAAGUCUUGUUAUGCCACUGUGUUAAGUGUAUACUCAUCUGUAUUUUAAAGUUAAAGAGUCAGUAUUAUUCUAAGAAGUGAGAUUUUACUUUGGUGUGCUAAUGAAUAAUGAUUGAAUCUACAUGUAUUUUAUAGUAAAAGCAGCUCUGUCUUGGUGAUUAUAGAAAAUGCACAACUGUGAGAUACAAUGUAGUUUUGAUUAUACAUGUAGUUGAAUAUCGGGCUGAAAUUUUGUCGGACAUUUUAGUGAACUUUAUUUGCAUUGUAAUAGAAUUGAUGAUGUUCAGAAUUUAUAUUGUGUAUAAAUAUAUUUGAGUUUAAUCUUUCAGUAUUCUAUGUUAUAUAUGUUCUUGUGCGAAAACAACCUAGUUAAAUGUCACAUGUCAAUGCUGAAUUAAAAAGAAAUCAUGAAAGAAAAAUUUACAUAUGAAAAAAUUAAUAGGUAGGAUUUUAACUUUUUUUGCAUUUCUUUCUUUUUAAUUUAAUAUGAUAUAUCCUGUUCUGAUGUCUUGUUUGAAUAGCAAAACUUUUGCAAUUGUACUCCAAACUAUAUCUGUCCAUGGCAUUACUUUCCAAAAUAGAAAUAUCACCUUGUUAAGUGCAUAAGUACUUGAAAGGAUGUCUGGUAUUUCAUAUCAUUUGUAAGUUCUGUUUUUGGUUUUCUUCUUUUUACCCAUUGUUAGUUUUUUGGAUGUUUUAAAUAAUGAUCUAGAUGGUAUUAAGGGAUUUACUAUGAUUCAUCAUUUUCCAUUUAUUCAUCUUUUUCAAACAAACUUUAUGUUGUGUGAUUGCUCAUGGUAAAUAACAAAUUUAUUUAAAUAAUUAGUGCUUUGAAUUCUGUUAAAUAUGUGUAUGUGUGUGGCAUUUAAACUUUGUGUUAAUGUUUCUUGUAUUUAAAAUAAAUAGCAAUAU